UUUGUGAUGUCAUUUGAUCUCCGCCCCUCUCUGGCAGCAGCAGGAAGUUCCGGUGUGACCUGGGAUAGCAAGCGUAGCACCUGCUCCAGUGUAUGUGUGGUAAUAACAUGUCUGUGCCGCUGCUUGCCGAGGCUGUGACGGUGUCGGGCACCGAGAAGGAGACGGCCGCAGUGAUCUUCCUCCAUGGGCUGGGAGACUCUGGACAUGGCUGGGCGGAUGCUAUGACAUCCAUUCGGCUGCCCCAUGUGAAGUACAUCUGCCCACACGCGCCUAGAAUACCUGUCACCCUCAACAUGAAGAUGGUUAUGCCCUCAUGGUUCGAUCUCAUGGGUCUGACUCCAGAUUGCCCUGAGGAUGAAGCUGGCAUCAAGCGGGCAUCAGAGAAUAUCAAGGCCAUUAUUGAACACGAGGCCAAGAAUGGGAUCCCACCCAACCGCGUGAUGCUGGGAGGCUUCUCACAGGGCGGCGCUCUCUCCCUGUACACUGCACUCACCUGCCAGCACCAGCUCGCGGGUGUGGUGGGACUCAGCUGCUGGCUACCUCUACACACGUCUUUUCCUCAGGCGGCGAGCAACAGUGGUAACCGGGAGACGCCCAUCCUGCAGUGUCACGGCGAGAUGGACCCCAUGAUCCCCGUGCAGUUCGGAGCCAUGACGGCCGAGAAGCUCAAGACCAUCGUGUCGCCACAGAAAGUCACCUUCAUCACCUACCCAGGGGUCAUGCAUAGCUCCUGUCCUCAGGAGAUGUCUGCUGUGAAGGAGUUUAUUGAGAAACAGCUGCCCCGAAUCUGACCUCUCUGUGUCCCUACUGUGACCUCCACUCACUGACCUUGUCCACACCUCCCCCUCACCUCUGCUCUUCGACAUCCGACCUCCCACUUGCCAUUAUUCUCCCCACAGGAAACAGCCAUGAAGACACACCCGCCAUCACACAUAGGCACACACACACACACACACACACAUACACACACACACGCUCAGACCUUUGCAACGACAUUGAGACAUACCCUCACACACCAUUUACAGAUACAGUGCUUUCAUUCAGCUGCAAACACACAUAUUCAACCUUAAACAGCAGAGCAUAGCAACCAACCAGUACACCAAUCAAAACACCACAGUGAAGAUGGCAAGACGCGUUAUGAUUAUUAUUAUUAUUAUGCAUUGAUGAAAAAACACACACUCACACACACAGGCAUGGACAUUGUCUUGUACAUUCUGUGACCAUUUCAGAAACGCCAGAUUGGAAUGUGUUGUACCAUAUUUUUUUUGCCCAUGAAGUAUUUUUGUCAGACUGGACACACUGUUUAUCAAUCACGCAGCAUUAAAACUCACAGCGGCCCAUCUGUUGCUUGCUCUGGUAAAAUACAAACUUGUCCGAAAGGACCACUUAAAAACAAAGAACAUCACACGUCACGUCUUAAUAUGCCUUUAUCAUCCUCUGCUUUGCCCCAGACAACCCUCAACAAUCCCUUAUUUGUCUGGCAUUCUCUCUCUCUCUCUCUCUCUCUCUCUCUCUCUCUCUCUCUCUCUCUCUCUCUCUCUCUCUCUCUCUCUCUCUCUCUCUCUCUCUCUCUCUCUCCCCCCAUUUCCCCUUCCAUUUCCGCUCUAGUCCUCUUCACUCUGAACCCUUCUUUCACUGACUCCUUGUCACUCGAGCGUACACUGUCUGAGUGGCUUAGGCCGCAGCAGAGGAGUCCUAUUCUGUUCUAUAAUGCAAGGCCUUACAUGGGUUCUGACCCAACUACCCCCAACCACCCACCCCACACACACACGCAUGAAACCCAUUCUCCUCCUCCAUCCUCUGUCCUCCAUCACUUUCCCUGGGUCUGGACGUAUGGGACUUACCCCACCACACAACACAAACUACAAAGACGGCUCAUACGCCUCUUCUCCCCCAUUUUCCCUUCCCUUUCAUCUUUGCAUGGUGACCUGGUGUGAUGAGAUGAGCUUUAAGGCUCUGGACUGUAGCACUUUUGGCUGCUGAUCCACAUGGUUGGAAUAAAGUUGUUCAGGAAAUAUAAAUCAAAUGAAAAAACAGGAAGAUAAUGAUAACAAUCCGAAUAAAAGACAUCAAUGCUUAAUUCAAUCCAUCUACUA